GCAGAGUGGAGGAGUGGAGGAGGGGUGGAGCGGCGGAGGGGGCAGGAACCACCGGACGAGGUCGCGGCUGCCUCCCGGGGGGACGCCCCUCCGCGCGCGCAUAUAAGGCGAGGGCCGGCCCCACGACGGGCACCUGUUACCGCCAGCCCGCCGCUACAACAUGAUCGCCCUGCUGCUCCUGGCCGCGCUGCUGGCGCCGUCGCGCGCCGCCCAGUGCGAGGUGAAGCCGUCCCAGCAGAGCUUCGACCUGUCCAGGUUCAUGGGCAAGUGGUACUUCGUGAAGGAGGCGACCACCAUGUGGCACAGCUCCGACCAGUACAAGUGCAACCAGCUGGACUUCUCGCUGCAGCCCAGCGGCGACGUGCGGUCGGACUUCACCGUCUUCAACACCACGUCGAACAAAUAUGAGACGUUCACGCGAACCAUCCGCAAGGAGACUCCUGGAUCCACCGAAGGGAGGUUGAGGGUCUACAGGGAUGGGGCUUCGGGCACUGGGACCAUGUACAACGUCUUGGAAACCGACUACGUCAACUACGCCGUGGUGUGGAUGUGCCGCGAGAACUCCGAGACGGGCGCCGUCAAAGAGAUGCCAUACGUGAUCUCGCGCUUCGGCGCGCUGUCGCCAGAGAACGAGGCUAAGACGAAGGCGCUGCUGCCCAAGGCCACGUACCGCAGCACCGACCAGCUCAACUGUCCCGCCAGGACCUAGGCGGUCAACAAUACCACUUAACACUGUGACGUCCCAGGCUUGUAACAUGUAACAUUGUCAGCAAUAAAAACUCUUCUUCACCA